CUUUGGAUCCGGACAAUCACAAUGAAAACAUUACGAGUUUUAGAACUUUACAGUGGCAUCGGUGGGAUGCAUUGUGCUUUAAAAGAAAGCUGCCUUCCAUUUGAAGUGAUAUGUGCCAUUGAUAUCAAUACCACAGCAAACAAAGUAUACAGACAUGCAUUCCCAGCUACCAAACUCUCAGAGUGUGGAAUAGAGACACUUACGGUGAAACAGUUGGAUGAAUGGAAGAUUGAUAUUAUAGUAAUGAGUCCACCCUGCCAGCCAUUCACACGAGUUGGUAAAAAGUUGGAUACAGAAGAUCUAAGAACCAAGUCCUUUCUUCAUCUCCUUGGUGUCCUGCCAAGACUAACCAACUGUCCAUCCUAUAUCUUAGUAGAAAAUGUAAAGGGAUUUGAGUCCUCACAAACCAGGGACCGUUUGCUGGAAACACUCCAUACCUGCAAGUUUAAUUUCCAGGAAUGUUUGCUGACUCCCCUACAGUUCGGAAUUCCUAACUCAAGACUCCGCUACUACCUCAUCGCUAAAAAAGCACCUCUGAAAUUCUGUUUUAAUACAAGUGAAAAGAUUCUCGAUACAAUUCCAAACUGUGCAUUAAGAUGGUUAUCAUACAAAUUGUGGAGAAGUCACUGCAUGACAAGUUCUGCCGAUAGUUCAGGGGCUUGUGGAACUGCCACAUCAUCUGAUGUUGGAAUGGACACCACACAGAAUGACCAAGUCAUUGUAUCAUCAUCUGUUGCCACAGAAAUCACUGACACUCAGGGGUCUGAUCAAGCAACUUCACUAUCAACUAACAUUUAUGCUACCAGUGAUACACAGACCAGCAUCAACAGUAAAAACAUACAGACAUGUUCACUAAAGUGUUCAGCAAUUUCACGAGAAGAUCAAGGAAGGCAAUUUGUCCCACCAGAGGUGUUAAAGUCUGACUGUCAUUCAGUUUUAUCUGGAAAGAGUAAAUUUAAAGAAAGUGAUAAAUAUCAGGCACUACUUGAAUGUGGACAUAACAUGAGACAGUUAGAAAGUGAUGUUCGUAAACUUUCUGAAGAUUGUGUUAAGCUUGGACACUUUCUGGAACAUUUUGAAGAUCAGUAUUUUGAUGCAUAUAAACUCACAGACAAGGAGCUGCGCCGGUUUAUAGUGAUGGACAUUGUACACCCCUGUCUCACCAAAACUAUUUGCUUCACGAAACGAUAUGGUCACUUUAUGGAGGGAGCAGGAUCUAUCAUACAGAUGACCACAGAUGUUCAGGUGGUAAAGAGAGCUAGUGAAUUCAAAGACAGUGCCAUGGAGUUAAAGAAUCGUGAUGAAUGGGGAGAAGAGGAUAUGUCCAUCAUCAGGGCCCUACAGCUACGCUACUUUACGCCUCGAGAAAUUGCCAACCUUCUCUGCUUUCCACAGAGCUAUGGUUUUCCAGAAGACUUGUCCAGAAUACAGUCAUAUCGCUUGUUAGGCAACAGUCUGAAUGUCCAUGUUGUGUCUGUUCUGUUGAGGAUGUUAACUGAAGGCGACACCUGAUAGAGAAUGAUAUCGCAGAUGGUGUCAUGUUGAAAGAUAUGACAUGAAAAUUAUUAGAGUCUUCACUUGAUGAACUUCUCAAAGAGGGAUUUACAAGUCUGCACAUCCACUCUCAGUUCCCAUGUAUUUGAAUUUGAUGGUAGAUGAUGUUGACAGAUUUACUUGGGUUUUUAAAACUGCUGUCUCUGUAGUAGUUCCUCUCUAAUAUGCUGAUGAUUUUGGAUGUUAUUAUUCAGGACAUGAAACAAAAGAAAAAUCCAGGAUAAGCACUCUAUCCACUAGCUACAACAAAAAUUGAUCCUAUCCUGAUACCAACACUGUCCUGCUAGUGAAUUGUUUAAAAGAGAUUUAUAUAAAGUAACAAAUUUUAAAGUAUGCAGCUUUGUAUAAUUUAUUUAAAGUGAAUGAUACUUUUUUAUGUUUGAACUAAUCAUACUGACUGUAUUACUUAUUUUACUACGUAUGUACCUGCCCAGAUGUCUAUAAAUAUUAAAUGCUACAUGACACACUUGACUAUUAAGAGAGACUUGUUUCUAAGGAUUACUGGAAUGGAUUUAAGCUUAUGGUAUAUUGGGUCUUGGUUAACACUGGAUAUAUUCUGGAAUCAAUUGAU